GGCAGCCGUGUGUCUGCAUGUGGGAAGUACGCAGACCUCUGCCGCCAGCGUACCGCAAGAACAACAGUAACAAGAACAACUGCUACUACUACUGCUACUACUGGACAGCCAAAGGCGGUGAUGGCAUAUGUAGGUAGUAGGGAUUUUAAUUAUUACGAAUGGUGGAAUAACACGGAAAAGAAGUUACAAAAGGAAUGUCGAGAAAACGACACACGUGUAAUUGAAGGAAUAAAUUGUACUAAGUGGUUAAAAUCUCCACAGGAAGAGCAAGUAACUAACCCUAGACAAAGCUCAGGAGAUCAUGCAAUGGGAGAAAAUGCAGUAAUAGGAGAUGGUGUCCAAGAGGUGGGACUAAACCACCCUGCUGGUGAAAAACCAAAUACAGUGAUUGAGGGACAAGGUCAUCAACAACGUGAGGAAGAUACACUCGAAGAAGUAAAAGCCCGUGGAAGUACAAAGCAUGAGGUUGAAUUAAAAGGCCCUGUAAGUGCAGGUUUACCAACAACAAGUGUUGCCAGCACGCCAAACCAAACUCAAGCGACUCAUACGCUACCACAAAGUGAUCAAGGAGCUUCGAGUCACCAAAAUGAUAACACUGUAAUCGGUGGAGACCAACCUAUUCAGCAGUCUAGUCCAGCCGUUAAUGUGACUGCUGCACCAGACUCACAAGAAAACUCUUCCACUAACGAGACUACAGAUACCAGUGCUUCUGGCACAGGCAUGGGUGUGAGUACGAAAACGGAAACAGAAGAAAACACUUCCACUUCUUCGCCGAGGCCCGAGAACGCUACCACAGAAGCACCAACCACCACUCCAUCUCCUGUUCCUGUACCCAACGCAGAGAUCAGCAGCACCAUCGCCUCUAAUAUGCAGAACAAGGCUAAUGUUGACAGCAGUGUCAGUCCUGUGUGGAUGCGCACUGCAGCACCGCUGUUGAUUGUGGCUGUGUUGGUCUCCAUUACUGUGUACUGA